UCAAAAUGCGCAUGUGCAGUGUAGACCUUUUUUGCAACGCAAUAUGAACUGUUUUCUCCCAAACUUCUUCGACGAAAGUUGGUAGCGAGAAUUCUUCUUCUUUCAACUCCUAAAUUUCGACAAUGACUAGACCCCCUAGAUUAUCAGCGGCGUCUAGAUAGAUUGUAUUUGUUUCGUGGUUACUGAAGGAGUGGAAAGACGGGAGAUUUUCGCCAGUUUCGUGAAGAAGGCGACAACCAGCACUGACCUGACCACCCACCAGACCAGGAAGUUUGGUUUGAUUACAAGAUAGAUUACAGCAUGCAUUGGAUCAUUCAUUUGGAGGGUGGGCCAAGGAGAGUCAACCAUGCAGCCGUGUCUGUAGGGGAUAAAGUGUACAGCUUCGGCGGGUACUGCACUGGGGAGGACUUUGAGACAACAAGACCUAUCGAUAUUCAUGUCUUUCACAUUGUGACAUGUCGAUGGAAAAAGCUGCCAGUCUCCACACAAAGCGACCCAGAUUACCAGUGUGUGCCGUACAUGAGAUAUGGUCAUACAGCAGUGGCUGUUGGGGAGAAGGUGUAUUUAUUUGGGGGUAGGAACGACUCCGAAGGAGCGGACAACAUUCUAUACUGCUUUGACACAACUACAUUAAGAUGGUCCUGUCCGCAGGUGACCGGUGCCACACCGCCGGCCCGUGACGGACACUCCCUGUGUGUGGUGGAUGACAACCUGUAUGUAUUUGGAGGAUAUGAACAGAUAGCUGACUGUUUCUCCAAUGAAGUUCACAAACUGGACACAACAACAAUGCACUGGAGACUGCUGCCAGCCAGGGGCCACCCUGCCAGAUGGCGAGACUUCCAUUCCGCCACAGCAGUCGGUAGUAAGAUGUUGAUCUUCGGCGGCCGUGCCGACCAGCUAGGACCAUACCAUUCCAACCACGAGAUCUACCCGAACUACGUUAAAGUGUUUGACACGGUGACCUUGAGAUGGAGUGAACCGGAGGUGAAGAAUCGUGCCCUGAUUGAGGGCAGACGCAGCCACUCCGCAUUUGCACAUGGAGGACAUGUAUACAUUUUUGGUGGCUACAAUGCAUUACUGGAGAAGCACUAUGGGGACAUGUGGCGACUAGAUACAGAGAAGUGGGAGUGGAAGCAGGUGUUCCCCCUGAACCCAGGCCCGUGUGCCCGGCGCCGACAGUGUGCCUGUGUGAUUAGAGACCAGGUGGUUCUGUUUGGUGGAACAAGCCCCUGUGAGUUUGGGCAGGUGGGAGAUCUCUCCAACCUGAUGGACCAUUCUGAUGUCUACAUCCUAGACUUUGCCCCAUCACUAAAAACCCUGUGCAAGGUUGCAGUGAUAAAGUACAAGUUGGACUGGUCUGUGCUGCCAUAUGAUAUCAGAUGGGAGCUGGAAGCCAUGACAAAGAACAACACCAUCUCCAGACCCCUCCCCUCCUUCCAGGGGUGACAGGCACCUGUCAAUCUGUCAUAACCUGUCAUCACAGUAACUGUAACUUCCAGUGUUUUGUUGUGUCAACACAGUCUUUUUAUUUACUUUUUAUCUAAUUUAUAUUUGAACAUUCUUUUAUGUACCAAAGCUGUUUGAACAGUAUUAGAUGCACAUGGCAUUGUAUAUUUUUCAAUAUGUAUGGAAUGAGACAAAAAUGAUAAAUUUUUUGUGAAUGGAACUAGAACCAAGCAAUAGCAGCACCAGAACCAUGUGCUGCUGGUCGGCAGGAUGUCAUCACACUCACAGUCUGCCUGUCCUGUCUCACCCUCAGAUCCCAGGAGAUUGGGAGAUCUCUUACUAAAUGAUACACUAUGUACAUUGUAGUAUAUGCAGGGCACACAAGUGGCAUCCACCAAAUAGGUAAAUUUGUAGAUACAGCUGUUUAUAAAACUACUAGCCCAUAGUGGUAUCUGCCUUGUUGCUGCAAGAAGUAUCAGUCGCUCCCUACAGGUUUAUCCCUGCAUACCCAAUAGUGUAUGCCUAGGUAACAGAUCAUACAGGAAGGCACAUUUUUACCUAAUGUGUCUUGAGUUUAGGACCUUUGAAGAACACAGUUUGAGUCAGUGGAUAUCAGGUGAAGUGACAAAUGUGACAAGAGGUGGUCAGGAAAAUAGUAUCUUCUACAUGUUGAUCCAUGUCAGAGGAUACUGUGGGUAGCAGGAAGUUCAAUGUUUGAAAAUUAGUAAUGUCUCAACUUAUGUACAUAAAUCUAAAUUUAGAGUUGGGCACGUUGGGCAGCAUAUUUUUAAAAACUGGCUAAGAUGAAUUGAACAUUUUAUUUAGAAUGGUUUCUGAAAGGAUACACUGCUGCAGGCCACAUCAGUGAAAUACUUUGAUUAUCAGAGUUUUUUUUUCAACUUUCAAGUCUUACAUAAUACAACAAAAUUAAGGCAGGGCUUUGGGAUUGUGAGCUAUACAAUGUCUUCUACAUUAUUCACUUUUAGUGAAUACAGUACAAGGACCUUAUAGUUAUGGUCCAUUAUUUCUUUCCCUGUUUCAAAUUUAGGAACCAAGCAUUUCAUUGGAGUGGCCUUAGUGGGCAUUUCUUUGUUGAUUGUUGACCUGGUUAUGUGAUGAUGAUGAAAAAAGAAUCAGACAGAUUUUAAUGUGUGGCAAAUAUCUGGUAUGAUACAUUAACAUAAUUUGGAUGAAAAUAAAUGAAAGAAACGUGUUAUUAAUUGAGAAGGCUGCAGUACUGGCUGAAACAGAAAAAUAGUACUAUGAAUGUAUAGUGUGAUAUAUCAGAUGUACAAAGGGGAA